UGUUAAGGUGUUGUUAUAUGGCAUCCCAUUGAUUAAAAGGAGUUCAUGCUUACACAGGCGAGCCUUUUGAAUGCAGUUGAGCAAUGACUCAGCAUCCAUCGACAGUCAUGAUGAUGCUGCUUUUAGUCGUGAAUUCGGGCACCACGGGGUUUCCCUUUCGCAUGAACUGUGUGGGGGUCUGAACGAGGCAACAUUAACCCCUCACUUUCCUCUCCAUCUUGAGGUCGAAUGGUUUUCACGCCUUACCUGUCUAAAAUGGAGGCUAUGAGGUAAAAGGGUAGAGGUAAAUCACUGUGUGAGAAAAUCCCACUCAGCAUACAUCCGAGCGAUUGGAAAACCCCAGCCUUUCAGGUUUGGUUGGGCCUGUAUCCAUGAGUGUGCUAUUGCUGGAGGCGUUCUAUGGUGGCUCCCACAAACAGCUGGUUGAUCUUCUUAAGGAAAGUGUUGAAGACUGUGUAAGUUUCACUCUACCUGCAAAGAAAUGGCACUGGAGGGCCAGAACUUCUGCUCUGUACUUCAUGCAAGCAGUUCCAGCAAGUUCCUCGUACAGGGUUUUGUUCACCAGCUCCGUACUCAAUCUUGCUGAACUUGUAGCCCUGCGGCCUGAUCUUGCCCAUCUUAAGAAGGUCCUCUACUUCCAUGAGAACCAGCUGGUCUAUCCAGUUCGCAAGAGCCAAGAAAGAGACUUCCAAUAUGGCUACAACCAGAUCCUCUCAUGCCUGGUUGCGGAUGUGGUUGCGUUCAACUCUGCAUUCAACAUGGAGUCCUUCCUCUCCUCCAUGUCGACCUUCAUGAAGACCAUGCCCGACCAUCGGCCCAAAGACCUGGACCGACUCAUCCGGCCCAAGUGCCGUGUCCUCCACUUCCCGAUUCGCUUUCCCGAUGUCACAAGAUUCCUCCCUGCACACAAACGUCUCAGGCAUUCAGUGCGGUGUGAUGAUAUCCACGCUCCGGCUACUCAAAGCCACGUUCAAACAUCAGCUCCAAGUCAUCCAGAGCUCACAGUAGACUCUGAGCCACCUGAGAAGAUUCACAAUGUGGCACGACCACAGCAGUACCCGGAGUCCACAAGUGUCACACCACGUCAGGAGACGUUUCAGAAUGAGCCUGUGUCUCACACAUGUGGCAAUGAGAGAGGGAGACUUCAGCCACUCCGCAUAGUCUGGCCACAUCGCUGGGAACAUGACAAAGACCCACAGCUGUUCUUCCAGACCUUACUGAAACUCAAAGAACGACAGCUGAGCUUUGAAGUUUCUGUCCUGGGAGAGACCUUCACUGACGUUCCAGACAUCUUUUCAGAAGCCAAAGAACAGUUGGUUGACCACAUCCAGCACUGGGGUUUCAUGCCCAGUAAGGAAGAUUACCUCAAAGCGCUGUGCCAAGCAGAUGUCGUCGUUUCCACGGCCAAGCACGAGUUUUUCGGAGUAGCAAUGUUAGAAGCGGUCCAUUGUGGUUGUUACCCCCUGUGUCCGAAGGCUUUGGUCUAUCCUGAAAUAUUCCCUGCAACAUAUCUGUAUUCAACACCUGAACAGCUGUGUAAAAGACUACAAGACUUCUGCAAGCGUCCGCAAUUAGUCAGACAACAUGUCACUCAGGUGAACCUUGAUGCUUUCUCCUGGGACGCUCUGGGGGACUGUUUCAGAUCUCUCCUGAGAGCCGACAGUGACAGGAUGUUAACAGAGGAGCGCAUGUGACGACGUGACCCCCCCAGAAAUACAAUAUGAUUUAAAAUCCAGCCUCAUUGUGAAAGAGAGUUUAUGACCCGAAAAAACCUCUCUACUCUACCUCUCUGCUCUUAUUGAAGAAAAACACGUAUAUGUGAUUUUAAUGUUCUCACAUGCCGGAAGAAAGCAACUUUAUAUUUGCGGUUAAUGGAAAAAAGAACAAAGUAAAAAUAAACAAUCAAAAAACCUGAAACCGCUUUCGUGUUGCGCCUAGGCGGGCCCACCUCAUAUUUCGGUUCAUAUCCAUUUUUAUCCUUUGUGCCGGAGGACUCCAGCCUGGAAUUCUGGAGUCUUCGGUUCCCACUCCGACAGAGCGGCAGCCAAGUUGCGGCUUGAAACGUUGUGGGCUCUCGCUCCACCUGAGGUUGCCAGGUUGUGACAAAGUCCCCCGAGACUCAGUAAAGGUUGAUGCAAGGCUUCCCCAGGACUGUGGUUGAAUCUAAAUAUGGUUCUUUUAUUUUCCUUGCGUCGGAGAUCUGGCUGUACGUUGCAACCGGGAACCCGCUGCAUAAUUAAGGGGGCAUGGUAACUAGCUAUUUAUAUGUUUUUGCAAAAUGUAAAAUCUGGGCAAACUAACAAUGGCCUGUCAGAUUUUCCAUAAAGAUGUAAGUGUCUGCUUUCACAUCACAGCAAUGCCACAAUCACACGGCCCACUUCAGGCCUGCCAACAUAUGUGUUAUUAAAAGAGGCCUGACUUUUAUUGCAAGAGUUAUUGAAGGAUUCCUCCUCCUUUAUUAUCAGACAUUCUCUCAAUAAAGCUGCGGACUUUCUGCCGCUAUUAUUUCAGAUGCAUCGAUUUUUCAGGUGCGCCGGACGAAGGAUUUGAAUUAAAGGCUCAAAUAUAAUCACGCCGCCGUCUUCUCGCACGCAUCCAAGAUUAGUCUCAUUACUCCUCAUUAAGUAGCUCUGCUUCCUUUACAGCUCUUAGAAAAAUAGUCCUAAUAUCCUACCUCCAUAUGUAAUGUAUUUCAUAUUUUAGGGGGUCAGUGAGGUACUUCUGUGUGCCGUAUGAUAUUUAGUGCGAGUUAUCCGAGCAUUAUCACUUAUGCCUCUUUCUGUUCAUCCUUGUGUUAUUUAUAAGAAGCAGAUGAAUGUGUUUCCACCUUAUCCGACAUUGUCAGAUGAAUUUGCCAUCUACUCCGGGCCGACCUGAGGUCAGGACCUAAUGACGCCAUAAAGCCUAUAACCUGCCGUUUCGGCACAAAAUGUCACCCCACAUAUAAAAAGUUAAUAGCAACCUCUAUAAAACUCAGUGCACAUUAAACCAUUUCAUUGGCCUGUUGCUGUUUUCUCACUGAUGGUGUUCUAGGGAUAUGAGGCUAAUUUAAUGCCGGCCGAAUUCGAUGGCAUAACAAAUGGUAUUAAGACUUGUGCGGUCUUCUUGUUUUUUCCCCCUACAGUUCAAGUUUGGUGUCCCACUGGAGAAGCACAGAGCUUGGAAAGCUGCCAUUCACAUUAUAUGACUACAUUUGUAGAUAUUUUCAUCUCUGACAGGGGAAUCACUGAAGUGAAUUUGAUCUGAUACAGCUUCAAGUACAAAGACAGCUUUGAGGUUAAAUAUGAUAUUCAGACCUUUGUAUGUUAUCAGAUAAUAGUAUCAGUUGUUAGAUACUUGGAAGUGAAGGUAAGAUUACGUUUAACACUCUCUCUGUCAUUUCUAACUUCACUGCUGUAACCAGAACAGAAUUUAAAGCAGCAAAUCACUGCAAAUGAAACGGCACAGAAUCAUCACAGCCUCCU